GUGUCGCAAACUUGAGAGAAAGAAAGAAAAAAAUGGAUCUUAUAUCUUAGAAAUUUCGUUGCAUUAUUGUAUUAUUUAAUAUAUUAUAGCUGCUAUUGUAAGGGCGUGACAGUGCUUGUGUUUGUCUUUUAAUGACUAAGAGACUGAGGUUGAAGGAUUUCGAAUAAUUAGAAGACGAUCGAUGUUUAACUUACAUCAGGAUAACUACGACGAGCUUUCUGUUUUCCUAUUCAAAAACAUAAUCAUGUGAGUUUUGAAACGGUCAUUUGAAAUUAUAUUGCAAACUUCGUGACAAUAAUGGACAGAUAGGAUUUGGACAUUCCUUGAAGUUCAAUUACAAUGUUAAAUCUAGGUUUCCCGCUAAAUGUUGAUUUUGAAGAAAUGGCGUCAUGUCCAUCAAAUCUGUAUAGUGCUGGCGGACACACGAAUGAAGUACUUUUAGAAAGAUCUAACACGGCAAAGGGAGUUCUAUAUACCACAUAUAAAGAUGAAGCAACAGCUACUGUUAUUAAAACAGCAGUUGUGAACAAGGACAAGAUCAUGGCUGCACGAGCAUCUAGUCCGUCUUCUAUUUAUCAUAUCCCUGGUGCGACCUUUACACAGAGACCGUCAAUAGAUGUCAAGGUCAAAGCACUGUCAUAUACUGUGAAUCCAGCCUCGUUGUCAUGGUGGCAGAAAUUGUCGACAAUGCAGUUGCCAUGGGAAUGGGUAGACAACUGUGAACCUCAGCAAGUUCUCAACAAUGUGUCGUUUUCAAUAAACAGUGGUCAAAUGUUGGCAAUUAUGGGAAAUUCAGGUAGUGGCAAGACAACAUUACUAGAUGUAAUAUCAUGUCGGACAGAAGGUGGUGGGCUGAUCGCAGGAGAUGUGUACUUGAACAAUGUGGCUCGCACAAGUACAAUGGUGCGAGGCUGUUCUGCUUAUGUGAGACAAGACGAUCGCUUGUUACCUCAUCUCACAGUCAAGGAGACGUUGAUGUUUGUUGCACAGCUUAAGCUUCCAACUACAUUUACAAAUGCACAAAUUAAGAAAAGAGUAGAAAGUGUUAUCAACGAACUUGGUUUGAGUCAUGUAGCUGAUAGUAAAGUAGGCGGAGCUGAAGAUAGAGGUGUGUCUGGCGGUGAGCGAAGGCGUGUCAGUAUUGGUGUCCAACUACUUCUUGAUCCCAGUGUUCUGUUUCUCGAUGAACCUACAUCUGGUCUUGAUUCCUUCACUGCUCAUCAUCUCGUAGAGACCUUGGCAAAACUUGCCAAAAAUAACCGAACAGUCUUAUUAUCAAUACAUCAGCCAAGAUCUGAUAUAUUUGAAUUGUUUGAUAUGGUGUUGGUCCUGUCAAAAGGCGAGAUGGCGUACUACGGCCAGGCAUCAAAUAUGGUCAAUUACUUCAGCAAUCUCGGACAUCCUUGUCCAGAAUUCACAAACCCAUGUGACUUCUACGUUGACCUCGCCACGAUCGACCCGACAUCUGAGGAGUCCGAGGUUAACAGUACAAAGAUGGUUGGAACCUUGGUUAAAGCUUACAAAGACAGUCAGAAAGAACUAACUGGAAGUGGGUCAACUAGUAAAGAUAAGGAAGAGAAAAAUAAAGAGCAAUGGCCUGUGCUGGCGAUGUUCAGAAACCUAGAACAUCAACCAGGACCGUUAAGACAGUUCUGGAUACUUUACAGACGAUCAACGAGGAAUAUUGUAGAAGAUUACGGUUACCUGGCAACGCAGUUCAUACAAGCGGUUGCUAUGUCAGUGGUUGUGGGGUUUGUUUAUUUCAAUCUGGGCCUUGACCAAUCAUCAGUUAGGGACAGAUUUGGGAUGAUGUAUAUUAUUGGUGCCUUAUAUCCGUAUAUGGUCGUUUUAGACCUCAUUGGACUGUACCAUAAAGAGCGGUCUUUUCUAUACUUUGAACUAGAGGACCGACUGUAUGGAGUCACGCCGUAUUAUUUUGCAAAGAUAUUUAGCGAGUUACCAUUCCAUACAUUCUUUGUGGCAGUGUAUGCAGUUCCGGUGUACUUUAUAGCGGGGCUAAAGCUGAAUGUUGAAGACUUUUUGACAGUGUUUGCGAUAUUAUUCCUUCUUGUAUACUGUAGUAGAACAUUAGCCAUGUUUUCUGCAGCAGUCAUGCCAACAUUCCAACUUGGUUGUUUCUUUGCACAAACUUUCUUUUCAAUGUAUAUUAUGUCGGCAGGGUUCUUUAUCAAUUUGGAUAAUAUAUUUGAUGGAUUGAAAUGGGUGUCGUCAGUGUCCUAUCUAAAAUGGGGCUUUCAAGCAUUAUGUAAAGUACAAAUUCAAAGUUUGGAAUUCAACUGUGAUGACGCCAUUCCGGGGUCAUGUAUAAAAAACGGCACGAUGGCGUUAGAAAGUUACUCUCUGCAAGGGAAUUCCGUGUGGGAGGCGUGUGUAGUGAUGGGAUCUUCAUGUGUUAUAUACUUGAUCCUUUUCUUUAUAGGAAUGAGGUUUGUACCUCAAAAACCCCAUGAAAUGUAGUACAAUUUCAAGAAUGGAUAUCCUAUACGAGGUUUGACAAAAGAGGUUCUGAAAACACUGUUAUAACAACGGAUUUUUAUGGGUCAACUAAGAUAUAACGAAGUUGUCGCUCAAUGUUAUUGUUGCAGUAUUAAGAGAGUUCGAACGAACAAAAGAUUAUUGCUUUCUCACAUAUCGGUUGAUGCCUGAAAUAUAUUUUCUGGCGUUCUGUGAUCAUACCGGGACCAUAUCUUAAUGCCAGCUUUAUGUCAGUAUCUAAUAUUUUAAAAUAAUGAUAUAAAUUUCUCUUGACAAUUCAUUAAAUGAAGCUUUUUUAUGUCCAAUUUAAAUUGCAUGUUUUACAUUUUCUUAUUUCUUAUUAGUUUGCUGUAUAAUGUGAACAAAGAACGUCAAUAUUAUAACACCUUUCUAUGCUUUGACCAAAGGCUGUGCGUAAUCAGUAGGAAAACUGGUUUUUUUUUGUUUCCUUACAAAAAAAUAACUAUUGUCUGUCUUAUUUGUUUAAUUUUAAUAUUAAGUAAUGAUAUUUCCUAAACUUUUAUUUAUUUGGACUUUGUUACAGUCGUUGUUUUAUGUAUGUUUGUUAGUUCUUUCUUUAUACUUACUUUCCAUAAGUCAAUGCAAAUGUCAAUGCAAUUGUACAAAUGUAUUUAUUUUUAUAAUAGUUUUUAUGAGUGAUUUUAUGUUUGUUUGAAACGAUUCAUGGUAUGUAUGGGUUUAUUUUUUUCGUUUAAAGCUUUCUAAAUUAUUUGAAUAUAAUUUAUCCCUUAUAUUGACAAAAGUGCUAAUCAGUAAAUAUAGAGUUUACAUCAAUUGUGAUGUGUUUGAUAUAUAGUCACGUUACAUGCAUGGUAACUAACAACAUGACAAUUUAUGGAAAAGUUUUAUAAUAUACGUAGUGUAUCAAUGAUUAGAUAUACAACGAAUUUUUCAAUAUCAUGUCACAAGAACAAUGGCGAUAUAACUGCUUUACAAAGUUCAAAAUAUAUACUGGAUAAAAUAAUAACAGCAAACAAUAUAUCUCAGACAAAACUUGCCUAUAUAAAGAACUUAUUAUUGUUGUUGUACACCUCACCUUGAACUGUCACCAUGAUGUAAUGAAUAUCACGGGACAUAUUUACAUCUUAAAGCUAUGUUAUUUCAACAUACAUAUCUUUUUAUCAUUCCGUUUUGUUGAAUUUUUUUCUAUUUAUAUUGAUAUGUGCAGGCACAUAUUUUGCUUUUAAUUUUAAACUCACAUUUUAGAAUACAAAAUAUGUAUACAUUUCUUACAUGUGUACGCUUGUAGUUGUUUUUGAGAUAACAGUUUCAUAUUCCUAAAUAUUAUUUAAUUAUUACUGUUCACAGAAUGAUAUGAGUGUUCAUAUAUGUUUAAAAGUAAGUACGAUUUGAAAUCUAUUCAUUAUUUUGUAAUGCAAAUUUUACAUAUUAACUUUCUCUUGAAUUGUUUCGAGGUAUAUUCCUAUCUUAUAAAAGGACAUGGGUUAAUUUAUGUGAAAACAGCUAGUAACUGUAUUUCUUCACAUGCAUUGUUUCUUUACAAACUAAUUAACUUCAUUGUUGUCUGAUUGAAUUUGUUAAAACAUUGUUGAUGAAAUAAAUUGUUGAUCAAUCA